AUAACAUUUCCUUUUACAAUGAUCACCUUGUAUUUAGAUGCGGACUUUCAAUCAUCAAGUCUAAAGAGCAAACUUUCUCUCCAAUACACUGGUAACAACAAGAAACAAUUAUUAGGACCAGUCAAGAGCGAAAUUCAUAAAUCUGCCACCAGAGGAAAGAUGAUAACAACAUCAUCAACACCCUAUUUUGCUUUUUCUAAUCACUUCCAUUCUCCGUAUGAUAUUGUCAUUGCUCCAAGGUUGAAUUGUAUAGUUGUCUCUGAUUUUGGCAAUGAACGUCUCAUGUUCUUCUACUUGAUGUCCAAGAAUUAUAGAAAAAGUGUUCCCGUUGCUUUUAUGCCAACUGGUUUGUGUGUGGAGGAGAGAGGCUGUACAUCAUCUCGUUUAUGGAAUGUCUCUUCAACAACAACAACAAAUACUAGUACUAGCCCUAGAGCUCUAGAUAGUAAUGAUGAGCAAUCAUCCGAUGAUGAUGAUGAUGAUGAUAAUGAAUUUAAUGAUGAAGAAAAGAACAGAGAGGAUGCUCUUAUAUUGGCUGGAGGAUAUUGUCACUUGAUGAAGGUGAAUUUAAAGGUAUUGUGGAAGACCAAUAAUAUCAAGUUGGGAGCUCUUGAUAGGGAUUAUACGUGGUGUGUAGGAAUUUUGGAUGAAAGUGGGAGGACAGAAUUUAAGGAACCAUCAUCAAUUUCCAUUUCGUUCGGAAAGACAUUUAGGGAUAAUGUGGUGUUUGUGGCUGAUAAUUACAAUCAUGCUAUCAAGAUUGUUUCAACUGUGGAUGGAAGUAUCUUACAAUCAAUUACUCGAUAUGUGAGUUAUUCAUUGGGUAAAGAAAUUCAUGUGAAGAAUCCGAACAUUGUCAAUGUGGAAUGUUUCACAAAGUUUGGAGAGGUAAUUAUAGCAAGUCCAGACAAGAAUAACAUUCAUAUUAUUAGAGAAAUUAGUCCAAAUGAAUGGAUUCUUGUCAAGGAGAUUGGAAAUAAUUCACUCUAUUCCCCUUUUGGAAUUUGUAUAGAUCAAGUUAGUCCCUUCAAUUACAAAUUGAUCGUUUCAGAUUCAUAUCAUUCAUCUCUGAAAAUACUAGAUCGAUUUACUGGUCAGGAAGAACAAACAUUUGGCAGUAAGGGAAAAUCUCUUGGUCAAUUCCAUCACCCAUACGGAUUGUGCUAUAAUAGAAGACAACAGGAAAUAUUACUCGUUGAUAGAAAUAAUUCUCGUAUUCAGGUUAUCAAUUAUUCUUAAUAUCAAAUGUAUUGGUUCCCUUAUUACCCUGUUAAAAAAGCAAAAACAAUCAAGCAAUUAAUGGAAAGCAAACUUUUAAGAAGAAAAAAAUUUCCAACAAAAACGUGAAAUUCCAACAAUAAAAAAAUGGCACCAAAC